UGCUGUAUAUUUAAGGUUGCGACAAUUCGUGAGAUUAUCAAUGCAGCAGAAGUGUCCGUUAACACGGUCGAUUCGUUCCAAGGGCAGGAGCGAGAAGUUGUGGUCUUCAGUAUGGUUCGACAUAAUCCAGAACAGAUUAUUGGGUUUUUACAAAACGAACGCCGUUUGAACGUGGCGAUCACACGUGCGAAGCGGCAAUUUGUUCUGAUCGGUAGCGCUCGUAUGAUGAAGAGGAAUCGCCACUUACGUUCACUUCUGAGUACCAUACAAAGUUGCGGGAAAAUACACGGACCAGGAAUGAUGGACACUUUUGAGAAAGAAGUCUCAGCCCUGCCUACGAGCUCUGGUAAGAAGAAGGCCAUCGUUCAACCCUGA